AUGGGCGGCGCAGACUGGAUAUGGGUCAAUACUGCCAGCGCUGCUAAAGAGCUUAUGGAUAAGAGAGGCUCAAACCAUACUGCACUCAAUUUCAACCCUUCUACGUCUUACAAACCCGUCCAGGACGUCGAGUCAAAGCAGUCAUUCUACGACAUUAAUCACCGAUACUCAGCUAGCAUUGUAAUAAAGGUCGUCUAUGGACAUCGCGUUCCAGACCAGGACGAUCCUUUUGUCAAGAAGAUCUAUGAGGUUCUUCAUCAGUUUACCCUAAUGUCUGAGCCCGGGAAAUGGCUAGUUAAUGCAUUUCCCUCACUUACAAUCCUUCUAUUAGUGCUUGUUCAGAACUGGUGGAAGAUUGGUGGUGAAUGGUUCGAGUACGAUCGCGAGGUAUACCUUAAGCUUUACCGUGACCUUGUAAAACAGAUCCUGGAAGGGAGUGCCCCAGAACGCUUCAUUCAAGACUUCUACAAGGGAGGUCUGGAGAAGAGUGGCAUCAGCGAAGAGCAGGCUGCCUAUGCAGCAGGGGGAUUGAUUGAGGCUGGCAGCGAAUCUACAUCAACCGUCAUCAAUGCUUGGAUCUUAGUCUUCCAGGCCUAUCCACAUGUGGUGGCUGCGGCGCAGCAGGAACUCGACCGUGUUGUUGAAUCCGACAGAUUGCCGACGUACGAUGAUGAGGAUAGUUUGCCGUAUAUCCGAGUUAUGAUCAAAGAGACUCUGCGCUUCUGGCCAAUUACUAAGCCUGGUAUGAGUCACGCUUCAACAGAGGAUGACUGGUAUGACGGCUACUUUAUCCCGAAAGGCAGUGUUGUUAUGCUGAAUUGGGCGAUCCAUUACGACGAGAACAGAUGGGAGAACCCAUACACCUACGAUCCUACUCGCUUUCUCUCCGAUUCUUACAUCAGUGCCGAGUCCAUGAAUCUGUCUGAUGGAAAUCUUCGAGACCAUUCAGGAUAUAGUGCUAGGCGCAGGAUCUGUAGCGGGAUGCAUCUGGCCCAGAAUUCGCUAUACAUCAGCAUGGCACGUACCCUAUGGGCUUUCAACAUUAAGUGCCCAAGGAAUGAGACAGGCCGAGAGAUAGAGCCGAAAAUAGUGUCAGAUCCCGGGUUUUUGAACGUUUCUACAAGGUUUCAAGCAGUGCUGGAGCCACGAAACCAGAAACAUGCCGACAUAGUGGAAAAGGAAUGGUUAGUAGCCAAGGCGGACGGCGAUUCUCCGAUUCUAUCUUUAGGUUUGUAG